AUGGCAACUGCUGUGCAAGCAGCAUCCCAAAGCUGUGGGUGCAAAGGUGUCCGCUUCUGUGCUCUUUGCGAGAUGUCCGAAAGAGUUCAGAAUUUAUUAAGGAAGGAGGACAAUAAGUGGGUUGCUUGCAUCUACGGGUGUUUGAUGUGGAAUGAAUACUGUAUAUAUUUCAAUAGAUAUGCGGACUAUGAUGUGUACGUGUACAAGUCAGGGCCUGGUAAAUGCGUAAGGUGCCCAGCAUUGAAUGCGACUGCUUCCAUUGAAGAUGUUAUGGCAGCUGCAGUCGCAAACGAUUCGACUGCUCCAUGUCAGGAGAGCAUUACAAUUGGUGGUUUACUGCUUGUUCCGGAUUUCAUCACGGAAUCGGAGGAAAAUGAUUUGAUGGAAAUGAUUGACGGUAUCGAAUGGGUGCCAUCACAAUCAGGCCGCCGCAAGCAGGAUUUUGGACCAAAGGUCAAUUUCAAGCACAAAAAGGUGAAAGUGGACACGUUUGUAGGCAUGCCGGAAUAUGCUGAUAUGUUGCUUGAUAAGAUGCGGGCUAUUUCGCAGGAGAAGCUUGGUAACUAUGUGCCCUUUGAAAUGUGUAACUUGGAGUACGAUGAAAAUAGGAAAAGUGCCAUAGAGAUGCAUUUUGACGACACCUGGAUCUGGGGUAAUCGUCUUAUCAGCAUCAAUUUGCUUAAUGGAUCCGUUAUGACGUUGGCAAACGAAGAGACGCAACAGCUAUGCUUCAUAUGGAUGUCCCGCGGAACUUUAUUGUGUAUGUCUGAUGAAGCAAGGUAUAAGUGGAAACACGCUGUGUUGUCGCAACACAUCCGUGGAAGGAGAAUUGCUCUCACUAUGCGUGAACCGUCAGAGGCGUUUCAGGAAGGCGGAGAGCUGUACGAGAAAUACGGGAAGCAGUUGAUCGAGCUGAGUGGCAUUCGUGUUCCGUUGAGAAAAUGUCGCUCAUAA